AGAGCGCGUACCGGCAAAAAACAACGCUCCUGGUCCUGGACCAAAGGUUUAGCACGGCUACAUAUUCAACUGGGCGGGACCUAAUCUAAUAAUAAGUUUUCUGGAACUAACAAACUCCUGCCUGCGUGUUCGACACACAGUGACCCGCCACCGUUCCUUUCCUCUUUCCUUUGAGGAGCCGUUUUCUUCCUUCUCCGAUCCCGUUUCCCCUUUGCUUUGAGAAGACUAGAGAGGGGACAGAGAGAGGAAGGCCCCCCCUAAAACUGAGAAUCAGAGUGGACUGAAGUUGGCGAUUCCGAUUGGACUUGAAAUUGGGGAUUCCGGUUUGACUGAAUUUGAAGAAUUCUGCACAUGGAAACAGCGGCGGCGAACAUUUCUUGUCCUCCGACGCCUCUCUGGAACGUCGAAAGACCCUUCCUCACCGGCCGGUUCCACCAGGAAGCCAAACAUACUUCGCCCCUCGCCGAUGACUCGAAGGGUUUUUCUUUGGAUCCCUUCUGCAGCCCUGGAUUGAACAAGGCCAUUGGUUGUUAUGACGCUGCCGUUCAGGAGCUCAUUGUCAUUGAUGAUCUGAUGUCUGCAUUGGUUGGGCUUGAAGGCCGGUAUAUCUAUAUCAAAAGAAUUCGUGGAAAGGAGGAUGAGAUUGCUUUCGAGGUUGAUGCAUCAAUGGAUUUGGUACUCCAGGAAUUUACGCAUAGGUUGGUCCCUCUGUGUAAGAGCUACCUGCUGAUUGACCAGUUUGUUGAGUCGAGGUCACUAUUCAAGAAUGGCUUGGUUAAUCAUGCCUUUGCUGCUGGACUUAGGGCUCUUCUUCUCGACUACAAGGCCAUGGUAGCACAGCUGGAGCAUCAGUUUCGGCUAGGAAGGCUUUCCAUUCAAGGAUUAUGGUUUUAUUGUCAGCCUGUAAUGCCUUCCAUGCAAGCAUUGACCAUUGUGGUUCAGAAGGCAUCAGCUAAUAAUUUCUUAGGUUCAUCAGUCUUGAACCUCUUGCAGAGCCAGGCAAAAGCAAUGGCUGGUGAUAAUGCCGUGAGGUCACUGCUAGAAAAGAUGACAGAAUGUGCAAGUAAUGCAUAUCUUGGGAUAUUAGAGAGGUGGGUGUAUGAAGGAGUAAUUGAAGAUCCUUAUGGCGAAUUUUUUAUUGCUGAAAACAAAUCUCUUCAUAAGGAGAGCCUCACUGAGGAUUAUGAUGCUAAGUAUUGGCGGCAACGAUACAGCCUUAAGGAAGGGAUUCCCAGCUUCCUUGAAAAUAUAUCGGGGAUAAUUCUGACAACGGGAAAAUACUUAAAUGUCAUGAGAGAAUGCGGACAUAAUGUUCAGGUUCCUGCCUCGGAGAAUUCUAAGCUAACAAGCUUUGGCUCAGACCAUCACUAUCUCGAGUGUAUCAAAGCUGCUUAUGAGUUUGCAGGCAAUGAGCUCUUAAAUCUCAUUAAAGAAAAGUAUGAUCUAAUGGGGAAGCUGCGGUCAAUUAAGCACUACCUCCUUCUUGAUCAGGGUGAUUUCUUGGUUCAUUUCAUGGACAUAGCACGAGAGGAACUCAUGAAAAAGCUUGAUGAUAUUGCAGUGGAGAAGCUACAGUCUCUGCUAGACCUUGCUUUGCGUACUACAGCUGCGGCAGCAGACCCUUGCCACGAGGACUUGACAUGUUGUGUUGAAAGAUCUACUCUGCGCAAAGGAUUUGGUAGUCUGAACGAUCUUGAAGUUACUGUUUCGGGCACUGAUGAUGAUUUAGAAGAACCAACAACCAUUACCGGUCUAGAGACAUUCUCUUUAAGUUAUAAGGUUCAAUGGCCGUUGUCGAUUGUUAUCUCAAAAAGAGCCCUAACGAAGUACCAGUUGAUUUUCCGGUUUCUUUUUCAUUGUAAGCAUGUAGACCGGCAGCUUUCUGGGGCUUGGCAAUUGCAUCAAGGAGUUCGUGUCCUCAAGAUACAGGGAACAGCAAUCUCCAGAUCAUCCCUUCUGUGCCGUAGUAUGCUGAAAUUCAUCCAUAGUCUUCUACACUAUCUAACAUUCGAGGUACUGGAACCUAACUGGCAUGUGAUGUAUAAUAGACUUCAGGCCGCAAGGAGCAUAGACGAAGUUAUCCAACAUCAUGAUCUUUUUCUGGGCAAGUGUUUAACAGAGUGUUUGCUCUUGUCACCUGUACUGCUCAAGAAGGUCGACAGGCUGAAAUCAUUGUGCUUACAGUAUGCUGCUGCAACUCAGUGGCUGAUAUCAUCAUCCAUUGACAUAGCUGAUGAGGGUUCCCGUGCUUUAGAAAAGCGCAAGGGACGAGGGAAAUUAAGAGGCCCUUCGAUAGCGCUACGAGCCCCGAAGCAGAACUCCGCUGUUAUGGAUUCUAUACUGAAAUUCGAGCGGGAUUUCAAUUCUGAACUUCAGAGUCUAGGACCGGUCUUGAGCAGGAAUUCCCAAGCAGAGCCACAUUUGACUCAUCUUGCACAAUGGAUCCUUGGUGCCGGUGGAAACGACCAUUAAGAUUUGGUGUUUGUAUGUAUAUGUACUUUUAUGAAUAGCGAGUGUGAAAUUGUGAUUCCUAUUUUGAUCUCUCCUGUGGGAACUUUCACAAUGUUGAUUUAUGGAAUUGUACUCCUGACUUUUGGCAACCAAUACGAUGUUACCAUUUCUUAUCUGUUUGAACAAUGUUCGAAUUAGAAUGUUUAAUAGUAGAAGAAAUUAAAUUAGGACUAUUUUUGUAGAGGUUCUUUGAGAACUUCGUGUGACUAUCACUAUACUUCUGGAGAGCUCCAUAGUUAGGAGUUACACAGGAGAAGAAGGAAUUGGGGCAGAGUUUUUGUUGAUACGUGUUUUCCCCCCUCUCCACAUCUUUGCUCUUGAUACUUGUAGAACAGUAUUCAUGUAGUUAUCGUCAAACAAGCCUUGC